CCUUCCAAAACUCUAAAUAUGAAUACGAGUAAAGGAGAUUAGGGAAUUUCUGAUUUUACUUUUGUUUACCUUCUUAGAUUUGAACUCUGCACUGUGCUUUGCUAUUUAUUUUAUUCUUUAGUGCUUACAGGUAAUCUGAGACCUGUCACUUCACAAAUGACGAUUAGCAGUAAUGAAAGCUGUUACUUUACUGAAGAUUCUCUAGCACCUAUUCUUGCACCAGUAAUCCUCAUUGAAUUUAUUAUCGGUUUACUUGGGAAUGCCACAGCAUUGUGGAUCUUCUGUUUCUGCAUGAAAUCAUGGAAACCGAGCAUUGUUUAUUUGUUUAACUUAUCCUUGGCUGAUUUUCUGCUCAUUUUCUGCCUGCCGUUCCGUGCAGCCUACUACAUUCUAAAGAAGGACUGGCAGCUUGGUGAUGUGCCAUGUCGUAUCAUGCUCUUCAUGGUGUCUUUAAAUCGGGCAGGUAGCAUUGUCUUUCUCACUGUGGUGGCCUUGGAUCGCUACUUCAGGGUGGUCCAUCCUCAUCACAGGAUCAACAUGACCACUCAGAAAGGGACACUUUUGGUGACUUGUCUGAUGUGGUGCCUUAUCCUAGCUAUGACAGUCUAUCUUCUGGCAACUCAAAAUUUGAUUGUGGAUAAAUCCACCAAUAAAUCACUUUGUGAAAGUUUCAACCUUAAUGAUGACAGGACUGUAGAAAAGGUCUGGCAUGAUGCUUUAUUUGUAGCAGAGUUUCUGAUUCCACUCUGUAUUAUUUUUUUCUGUACAUUCUGCAUCAUUUGGCAGCUAAAAUCCAAAGUACAACACAAACCAUCUACAACACAAACAGCUUGCAAAAUACAAAAGGCUGUGUAUUCUGUAUCAGCAGUAGCCAUCGUAUUUGUAAUUUGCUUUCUACCCAGCAUUUGCACACGCAUUGCAGUCUUACUGGCCAAAGCUGCGGGCCAGUGUAAUCAAUUUAAGUUGGCUGGACAGUGGUUCUAUGCUACCCUUCCUAUGACUUAUCUCAACAGCGUGCUUGACCCUGUGGUCUUUUACUGCUCCAGCUCAACAUUUAAGGAGAGUCUCAAACAGACGUAUUUCAGAGUACGAUCAGUGAAGAAAAAUACAAUGGUAAUUAGACCCCUUCCUCCAGAUUCAGAACCUGACAUUAAAAAUAAAAUUGGUCAAAGCAGAAAUGUGGAUUUACAGUCUUAGCUACAGUCUGACCAGGAACACUGACUGAAUAAAGGCCAUUUCUUUGUAAAGGUACUAAAUAUAGAUCAAAAUGACUUGUAGAUAGACAUGCAUACAAAAUGUCAAAAUGAUUAUUGGUUGCAUAUGGUGAUAUAAACUAGUAUUUUUAUAAUAUAUUAUAGCCUGUAAAUAAAAGUGAGACGUAGUUAAACAAUAAUGAAUACCUGCCAUCUAUAGAGCUAAUGCACAAUUUUAGAAAGCAUGUUUGUAUUCUGCGUAGCAGCAUUUCAGUAAACCAAUGUAUACUUUUUUAGAAUACAGAGGAAAAAAAAAAGACACUGACAUUUUUUACUGAAGGAUUCUUGUAUUACCUAGACAAAGAAUACACCUUUCUGCACACAUUUAUUGACUGCGAAACUUGCUGCGUAUGUUAAUAUACUGAUUAACAAUUAUCUUCAUAUAAUUUUCUGAAGGUAAACAGCUCUGCAAAAUCUUUGCUUUUUAAGACUGGAGUUGGCCAGAGGGUGCAUAGGCUUCAAAAAUGUCAAAGGUAGACUGUUUAUGAAGGUCCAUGGCUGACCCUUCUGUAUGACUACGCCUAGUACCACAUGGCACAGGAGUUUAUGAGUACCAGAAGUGAAUCUUGAAGGAUGCCAAAAGACUCUAUGGAAGAAAUCCAAAGGUCAUGUGCUGAAGAGUUCAUUAAUAGACAUUGCUAAUGUGACUACUUGCAAAAACGUGUUAGGUAAGGCAUUCUGUAGUCAGUGUAGUAGCAGGCAUAGUACACCACUUCUUUCAUUUCUUAGAUCGUAUAUUAUUAAUGUGGUACCAAAGUAUAGUUGUCACAGUGUAAAUAAUGUAUAAAGGAAGAUCUUCAUCUGCUGCUUACUGUUGAUAUGUGUACUUGUUUCUCCAUUGUCACAUCGCCAUUUGUAUAUACAUUUGUGUAAAUAGCUGUCUAUGUUUCUGAAAUUAUAUUAUAUUGUGGAUAUUUCUCAAUAAACUUGAAGC